CUUUUUUCCCUCUACACUUGGUUUUCUUUUUUGUUCACCCAUGUCUUUUCUACCGCCAAAAGAACCAACGACCUCACUUGUUCAUCCCAAAUUUCAAAAUCUCAAGGAGGGGAUGAGCCUCGAUCACUUCUCAGACGAUGUCAUUACAAAUUAUAUUUACACGAAACAUCGUGAGGAUGAUAGAAUCAAAAUCGAUAUUGAUAGUUGUAUCCUAUUGGUUGAAAGCAUCAUUAUAACAGCAGAUCGAAUCACCGACAGUGUUUCUCGAGUUAUUGAAGGGCGUAUAGCAUUUAGUGGUGACGCUUAUGCUGCUUCACUCAAUCUACCUCUUUGUACGCUACAUCGUAUCUCUACUGAGUUGGGAUGCAAAGCAGAAGGGAUUGAAAAAGCACAUGAGACAACAAUGGAAAUUCUCAACAUACUAACAACGUAUCCAUGGGAAGCAAAAGCAAUUCUUAGUCUAGCAGCAUUUGCAAUGGAUUAUGGAGAUCUAUGGCAUCUCAACCAUUACUUCAAAACAGAUCCACUUGCUAAAACAUUGGCCACAAUCAAGCAAGUCCCUGAGUUGAAAAAGCACUUGGACACACCCAAAUAUCGACAAGUGUUUCUUAGCCCCAAGUGCUUAAUUUAUGGCUGUAUGGAAGCCAUCAAAUAUAUGAAAGAGAUUAAGGAUUUUUCUAAGUAUGAUAUGAAGGAGAUUACUGAGUUAUCUUCUGCCAUUCGCCAAAUUCCUUUAUUUACUUAUUGGGUUAUACAUAUUAUUGUUGCUGCAAGAACAGAAAUUUCUUCGUGUUUGACACGGACUCGAGGUCAAUCACAGAAGUACUUGAAUGAGUUGACAGAGAAGAUCAGUUCCAUACUCUCCAUACUUAAAACCCAUCUUCAAGUCAUAAGACAACAACAAGAAGAAAUUAACUUAUAUAAAUGGUUGGUGGAUCACAUUGAUAACUUUCCAACUGAAUUACACUUGGUUGUGUCAAAGUUGCUUGAGGGAAAGAAUGAAGCUACGCCUUUCAUAGAUGGCACAACUAAAAGAAAGGUAAACAUUGAAAAUGCUUUGAGGAGGAAGAAAGUGGUAUUAGUAAUAUCUGGAUUAAACAUUUCAGAAGAAGAUAUCAAAGCACUUCAUUUGGUUUAUGAUGAAUUGGGUAGAGAAGAUAAAUACAAAAUUGUUUGGAUUCCAAUUAUUAAUCCAAACGAACCAUAUGAAGAAAAUAGAAGAAGGUAUGAGUAUGUAAUAUCUAAAAUGCCAUGGUAUAUAGUGCAAUUUACUACAAAAAUUGCAGGAUGGAGAUUUUUAGAAGAAAAUUGGCAACUAAGAGAUGAUCCAUUAGUAGUUGUUCUCGAUUCCACUUCAAAAGUGGAAUUCACAAAUGCAAUCCAUUUAAUUAGAGUUUGGGGAUCUGAGGUUGUUCCCUUCUCCAAUAGAAAAAUUGACAUUUUAUUGGAAAAGACUUGGCCAGAAUCUACUAUCCUCAAAUUUACUGACCAUCCAAGGUUGCAUAAUUGGAUCAACCAAGAAAAAAACAUCAUAUUCUAUGGAGGAAAAGACCCAAAUUGGAUCCAACAAUUCGAAGAAAAAGUAACCGACAUAAAAACCGAUCCAUGGAUAAGAAGCAAAGGAAUAACAUUCGAGAUUGUACGUAUAAUAAGAGACGAUGAUCCAAAACUGAUGUCUCGUUUUUGGAUAACACAAUGGGGUUAUUUCAUAGUAAAAAGCCAAAUAAAAGGUUCAAGUGCAAGUGAAACAACCGAAGAUAUAUUGAGAUUGAUAUCAUAUGAAAAUGAAAAUGGUUGGGGAAUUUUAGCUGUUGGCUCUGAACCUGUUCUUGUUGGUCGUGGGAAUUUGAUUCUUGCUGUCUUACAAGAUUUCAAUAAAUGGAAACAAAUAUUAAACAUAAAAAGUUUCCCUGAUUCUUUCAGAGAUUAUUUCAAUGAACUUGCCUUAAAGACUCAUCAAUGUGAUCGAGUGGUUCUUCCUGGAUUCAGUGGAUGGAUUCCGAUGGUUGUUAAUUGUCCUGAAUGUCCUCGUUUCAUGGAUACUGGUAUCAGCUUCAAAUGUUGCCAUGGCCAAACUCGUAUUUAAAUCGAUUAUGAAGUAUUGAGUAUUCUUGUAAUAAAAUCUAUUGCCCUUAUAGUUGUUUUUGAUGUUAUAUAUAUGUUGCAUUUGGUGUAUCGAUCAUCAUUUGUAUUUUCUUUUUAUUUACCCAACAAAUUAGUAUUAUCAAUGUGUAUUUGGUGUUAGAAAUGUAUGUUCUACAAGUUUACAUAAAUAAUAAAUGAAAUUUUCAUGGUUAA